AUGGCUGAAGAAUUAGUAGGAUUCAAUUUCUUGGACAGCCAUUCGCAUCCAGCGACGACACCUGCUCCUCCUAUCACCACAACUGUUGCACCAAAUACAACUGUUGUGCCUAGUACCACUCCAGCUUCUAACAGCACGACAACCGUCCAGCCAUCAACUACUUCACAAACUCCAACUCCACAGCCUCAACCUCCAACACCACCCACCAACUCUACCACAGCUGCACCUUCCACCAACACGACAACUUUAGCCCCCACCACAACAUCUAUCACUACACCAACUCGCAAGACAUCCGUCGUUACUGAGCAAACCACACAGUCUUCUUCUGUUGCCCCAGCAAACAUCACAUCUUCAACUUCUAAGCCUACAGCUAUCCCUACAACCACUGCCCCCGCAAUAUCUUCCACUCCCGCUUCCCACCCCACUCAUCCGCCGACCUCCACGUCCCCAACCAGCCCUCCUCACCCACAUACACAUCCUCCACACCCAUCAGCAGCAACUGGUCCAGUGGGGACACUCCUCAUCGUCACCAUUGCGUCGAUGUUCGCCUUUACGACGUAGUGUUACGGUGUUGCCAUAUAUUUGUGUGGUAAUGAAAAUAAAUAUUCAUUUGGCAGCAAAUACUGUGAUUUAAAGCUCUGUAAUAAAUUGGAAGUUAUGAUUCGCCCUCUUGUUAUAUUCUUUCAUAUUUUAAAAAUAUUAAAAUGUAAUGAAUAUUAUUGUGCAUCAUAGAUACAUCAUGUUAAAUGUAUAUUUGUGUUUUCUGCAACAUUACAACGUUGCCCACUGACCUCUGUUCAGUUUCAAAACGACAUUUCCCAUUUAAAUGGAUUGUCCUGCAAUGCUAUUAAUUCCACUCACAAAGUAUAAUUAUAUAAUUAUGAAAACAAAUUUUGAUAAUAAAUUGAAAAUAAAAGUAGAGUAAUAGCUUCUUUUUCCCUUUUGAAUUUUUCCAAUAAUGAGUUUCGCCUGCGAAUAAUUGUUCACAAGAAGAACAUGCAUUUCUGGAAAACUGAACUUGUGAUUUAAUAAUAUAAAGUCAUUUCCAGGUAAAUUCUUUUGAAGCGACAAAAUUAAUAUAAAAGUACAUGGAAAUCUGAAAUUAAAGAGUCAAUUUUUAAUGAGGAGGAUUUGCACGCAUAUUUUGUAGGCACUUAAAGCUAACGUUGCAGCUAGUGUCGUCUGCUCAGACUGGAGUCGCUAACCAAGAUUACGAAGGGCCUGCGCAAUCGGGGUAAGUAGGAUGACGCAGUGUCUUUCCCGCCGUUGUAAAGCCCCGUAGCGGGAGGUCGCAGACAAGCUCCAUCGGGCGGGGCUGAACACGCGACCUCGUGAUUUGCAGGCUGACGCCGCCGACAGCAGCGGCAUCUAGCGGCGAUGUAAAUCAUCGUGUUCGAGCCACGUUUAACAAAUUCGUGACUCGCUGUCCCGAUGAAUGAUUGAAAUUUAACCGGGUGCUCUAACAGAAUUGAUCGUAAAUCAACGUUCAUACACGGCCCCUAGUGCCUGCCCAUCAUCGGAACGGCCUCUGUGUGGAAAGUAGACCCGCUCUCAGGAUUCGCGGGUGUUGGGAACGCAAACCCGACGGUUCGUGGGGGGUGGGGGGCAAUCACCUAAAAGCCGCGUUCGCGCAUUGUCAAAAUUAAUAAUGAUUUGAAUAUUCCGCUAAUUUUGUGAAUGUGCAUUAGGCGAAAUGGCAGCGGCGGGCUUGUUUCCAAUGGCAUUACGGCACCUAUGUGAAUCUCGUUACGCGAACGUGUGAUAGAGGGCAGCACCGGCGCGUUGCGGUGGUCCAGUCGACGCUUUGUUACCGCCGCCCGCGGCCGCGGCCCCGGCAUAUGUUAUUCAAUAUAUGUCCAAAUGCGAUGAGCGUGAUUGGGUUGCAGACGAAACUUUUCGGUGACACAAAGCAACACGUGGUUCACGUACUUUUGGGGGUCCGGAUUAGGUAAAAUUGAAGGGUUCAGGCAUGGUAUGUGAGACUCGCCAAUGAAUAUCAAGUUUCAAAAACUGGCGAGGGGAACCUGAGGGACGUGCUUAAUAUUUAACUACGAGAGAACGUGGAUUCCCAUUGGGAAGAAUAUCUUCUUGGUUUUACUUAACGAGGGAUAGAAGGCGACAGAGAAGGAAUGAAUCAAAUUCGUGAACACGUAUGAAUGUGACUGUGAUAGAGAGAAGAGGGCUAAUAAAAAGGAACACUAAUAUCUAUCCUCUUUUGUAGAAAAAAAUGAACUUACUCAAGCGUAUAUUUUCGAUUUACAUAUGAAGCGCGAUUAUAGACAGUAUACAUACAUUACAUGAUAUAAUUAUCCUUACACAUAAAUACAAGAGGAAAAUUAAUAUGCUUUUUGUUAGUAUUCCUUAAAAACAAUGAAAAGGAACACUCAAAAACGUCACCUAUCUCUUUCAAAUGGUUUUGGGCUGUGCAUGCAGUUACGACGAUUUAUUUGCGUAUUAUCUAUUUUUAAAACAGUGUGGACUAUUAAUUGCAAAUAUUGUUAUCUUUUAGGACAAAAGAGAUUAACUUUGUUAUUAUAGUUUCAUCAAUUCAAUUAAAUUACGAAUAACAAAUUAUCAAAGCGUUGGAAAAGUUGUAUGAUACAGGAUUAAAAGCAAUGGAAAACAUUUUCCUUGCAUAUGUAUUAACAUUUUAAAUAUUAUAUACCAAUGGCAGAUGAGUAAUUUUAUAAAAGCAAAUAGAUUCCAUAAAACUAUUUUUAACAAAUACAUUUCAAAAUAAACAACACUAACUGGAAAAUCAAUUCUUAGUUUAUGGCUAUGUAUGUUUACGCUACUCGUAAUGGGGUUCAAACAUCUCUACUGAUCACAAUAUUGAAAAUUUGUGUUUUGAAAUUUUGCAGUGAUGGGCAAAGUAAACAUGCAUGAGUCAGAUAGUUCAUUGUCGAAGUUGCAAGGCAAAUCCAUUACAUAAGACAUUGGAUAUUGCAAUAUCAACAUUUUUGCGCUAUUAGAUAACUAUAUUCAUUAAUUAAUCAGCAUAGUAUGCAGAUGAGCACACAGAGUCACAGUAUGUACAAUACAAAAUCAUUUAAAGAGGCAGAUAAAACUUUGUGAGCUACUUUUUAUUCACAUUUCCCUGAAAAUUCAAAGGACAUUUUUAAAUACAUUUUAUGAAGGGCAUUAUUGUGAUAAUUUAGUAUUAUUGUUUACGAUACAUUUAAAUGGCUAAAAGAUGAAUAUGUACAUUUACUUGUGUCACUAAAUACCUUUUUGCGUUCAGAUUUGCGUUUUUGUUAAUAUGAUAAUACAUGUGUUCAAACCAAUAAUGUAUUUUGCGAGAUGAGAAAACUUUUAAAGGGGAACAAAUCUUUAGUAGUUGUGCUAUAACCGCCCAAAAUAAUACAACUGUGCUUGAAAGCGCAAGGACGACAUUAAGGAAUAAAAUUGAACGAAAUUAUAUUUUUGUCUUUCAAGCUUAGGAGUUUGCACGGGAACAUCCCAAUAAGGGAUAUAUUGUAUAAUGUGUAUAUUGCACGAAUUUGGAUAUUGUUAUCAAGCGGGGAACCAAUUGGUCAACUUAUUUCUUCUGUUGUAUCUUGAAUGACGUACUAAUAUUUGUCAAACAACUAAUAAUUUGUAUUUCAAUUCAUUUAUAAAUAAAGUUUAUGUAACAUCUACUUGAUUCUUAGUUUUCACUAUCUAUAAACAAUAAGAUAAGAAUGCUUAAUUUGAAAACUAAUAUUUUAUAUUUGUGAUUGUAUAUUUUAAUGUGAUCAGAAAAAAAGCAAUGUGUUGUGAACAAGUAUAUUUGAUAUGACAUUUACGACUUACUUAAGGUUAGUGUUACAUUUUUAAACAAGCAUGUAAAAUUUAAAUAAUAUCAUUCUUCUUGGAACGUUUUGCAAAUUUUAUAACAUAUUCCAUGUUUUUAAAACGCAUUUCAUGCGAUUAACGUGAAGAGUUAGAUAUAAGAUAAGAGUGGUUUAUUUUAAAAAUAAUAUUUUGUAAUUUUACUUGUGAUAGGUAAAAAAACAAUAUAUCGUUGGGAAAAUAUACUAGAAAUAUGACAGUUAAGGCUUAUCUAGACUUGUAUUACAUUGUUAAACAAGAUUGCAAAG